AUGCUGGGGCUACGGCUGCGGUGCUCGAGGCCUGUGCAGGCGAACGGGACGCGGCGCUGGCUCGCGGAGGCCGCCAAGCCGAAGGCCGUCAGUCGCGUCAGAGGCACCAGGGACUUGCUGGCUGACGACUCGCAGCAGCACCGCGAGGUCCUUGACGUGCUGCAGCGCACAGUCGAGCGCUAUGGAUUCCGCUCGAUCCAGACGCCGCUGCUGGAAUACACGGAUUUGUUCUCGCGCUCGCUGGGCGAUGGCUCGGACAUCGUCAUGAAGGAGAUGUACACGUUUAAGGACAACUCGGGCAAGAGUGUGACGCUGCGACCUGAAGGCACUGCCGGUAUUAUGCGUGCACUUGUGAGCAACAACUUGCUGUUUUCGCUGCCGCAGAAAAUCUCGUACUCGGGCAGCAUGUUCCGAUAUGAACGUCCCCAGCGCGGAAGGUACCGAGAGUUCCAGCAGUUCGGCGUGGAAUUUGUGGGUUCUUCGGGCCCAUCGGUCGAUACCGAGGUCAUCGCAAUGGCUGCUGAUGCCUUGGAAAGUUUGGGCAUUAAGGACAAGGUCGUACUGGAGAUUAACUCUCUGGGUGACAACGAAAGGUGA